CAGGUAGUGUCCAUUGCGGGCGGUCUUCACUUUGCACCACCAUCAGAAGCCUACCCCUGCCACCAUGGCGGAUGAUGAAAAGGGAUCUUCGACGGUGUCCGAGACUCCGCCAGACGAGAAAUAUACCAUGAAGCAGCACUGGAAAUGCCUGGCAGCAUGCACCCUCAUGUCCCUCUGCCCCUUCCAAUACGGCCUCGACUUUGGCCUCAUUGGCGGGCUGCAGGCCAUGAUCGGGUUUCUCAGGGUCUUUGGCUACGAAGACAUUAACGUCCCCGGCGGAUGGAACCUCUCGACCGAGCGCCAGCAGCUGAUCUCGUCCCUCAUGACACUCGGUGCUUUCCUCAGCUCCGCCAUGGCUGGCCCCAUCGCCUGUGUCAUGUCCCGGAGGAUGACGGUGUGGACGGCCAGUCUGCUUUGCAUUGUUUCAAACGUGGUGAUGAUGGCCACAACCAACAUUGCGGGCUUGUAUGCAGGGCGGCUGCUUUUGGGCAUCGCCAACGGCAUGUUCAUGACCUUUUCUCAGCUCUACAUUCAGGAAUGCUCUCCCGCCCGGUACCGGGGCCUGAUGAUCUCGAGUUUCCAAGUCUGGACAUCGGUUGGCACGCUCGUCGGCACCGUCGUCGACAAUUUCACCGCCAAGAUUGACGGGAAGGACGCCUACCUCAUCCCACUCGGUCUCAUCUACAUCGUCCCGGUCUUCAUAUCCCUUGGCUUGCCGUUUGUGCCCGAGUCACCGCGAUGGCUGGCCCAGCACGGCAAGCUGAACCGGGCGCGCAAGGCACUCCGCUGGCUUCGUCCUGGUACCGAAUCCGAGAUUGAGCAGGAGGUCCGCGAUAUUCAGGCCGCGUUGGAGACGGAGAUGUCCCGCGAGAAGAGCGUUGCAGUGUGGGAUAUGUUCCGCAACGCGGUCGACCGCCGGCGGACUAUGCUGGCUACCUGCGCGCUGACGGUCCAGGGCGCGUCAGGGGCCAUGUACAUGAUUGCGUACGGCACGUACUUCUUCCAGAUGGCGGGCAUCGGUGACGCCUUCGAGAACGCGUGCAUCCUCAUCUCGGUCGGUGUCGUCGCCAUCCUCAUCAACAGCGCCCUCGUCACACACUUCGGCCGCCGUCGCGUCUUCCUUGUGUCGGGUCUCACCCUGUGCGGCAUUGCGCAGCUGCUUACCGCCGUCAUCUAUCACGUCAACCCGGGAGCCAAGUCCACCGGCCAAGCAAUUGUCGGCUUGUCCGUGGUCUACAUCCUCGGCUAUAACGGCAUGGUGGCAACAUACGCGUGGAUUUCGGGCGGCGAGCUGCCCUCGCAGCGCCUACGGUCCUACACCUUUGGCUUCGCCACGGCUAUUGGCUUCUUUGCCGCCUGGCUGACCACGUUCACGGCCCCGUACUUUAUCAACCCUGAGUCUCUCAACUGGGGGCCCAAGUACGGCUACAUAUGGACCCCGUCGUGUUUCAUCUCAGCCCUCUGGGUCUACUUCUUUUUACCCGAGGUCAAGGACAGGACGCUCGAGGAAAUCGAUGAGAUGUUUGAGGCCCGGCUUCCGGCAAGGAAGUUCCGCAAAUAUGUCUGUGUGGGUCACGCAGGCGGAGCUGCUGGUUUAGCCUGCGGUUCCGAUGAGAAGGAAUCGGCCGACGUUGUGCACGAGGAGGUUGCCCGCAUAUAAUGUGGCCGCCUAACCUUGGGAAACUGAAUAGUCGGUCCAGCUCAGGGGCAAUGACUCGAGAAAGGGAUGAUGACUGGAGCUAUCGAGAUCAAAUGUCACCACUAACACGAGCCAUAAGAUUAGAGGUAGUUAGUGAGCAAAGCAAGUGG